AUGUCCUCGUUCUUAUGCUUCAUCUGCCGCAACACAGUGAACUCUGAUACCAAUGAAGAUUCACGAGAGAAGUACAGAGAAAUCGUCGGAAUGAACCUGUGUCCAGACUCCCAUCUGUGUUACAUUUGUGAUCAUCUAGUUAAUAAACUAUGGUCAUUUAAGUCAUUAUGUCUGAAGAGAAGUCUGGAAUACCCUGUACUAUUCAGCGCUAAAGGCACCAUUAACUUACAAAGAAGUAUCAUAAAACCUAUAAUAGUAUGUACAGAAGAAAUAUGCUCACGGAGAGACGAACACAAUUUAUAUAUAGAGAACAAAGAUCAAAGUAUAAACAGCCAAGAUUAUAUAAAACUCGAAGAUGACCGCGAUGACUAUGACGCUAGUGAUUAUUUUCAUGAAAAUACUGUAAAAGAAGCUGAAAAAUGUACAAAUGAUCGUUUAGAAAUGAAUGGUGAUGAAUUGUAUAACAACGUUGGUGAAACAUUUAAUAACGGUGGCGAAAUGUUUAAUUACGAUGGCGAAACUUACAAUAACGAUGGUGAAACGUUUAAUAAUGAUAGUGAAUUAGAUAAUAUUAAUACAGAACAAAAUCCAGAAGAUAAUGUAACAAAUAAUUAUGAAAAUAACGAUUUGAGUGUUGAUAAUGUUGGUAUGUCUUCUGAAUUUUAUGCUGAAGAAAAAAAUGAGUGUUUGAAUGAAAUUAGAAAUGAAUGUGCUGUUCAAGAAGUGGAAGAAGAGGCUGACACAAAAACAGACAAAAACUCACCAAAAACUAAAAGCAAAGCGUUCGAGAAGAUCCUUCUGUCUUUCGAGGAUCAGAAGGCAGAAUUAGAACAGCAAAGAAGGAGCAAGAAGUAUUUAGAAGCAGAGUUUAAAUGCUAUAACUGUGCGCUCGGGUUUCUGUUUAAGGAUACUUACCAGACCCAUAUGAUGAGGCAUGAGGAGUCAAACGGCGAAUACCGUUGCGACAUCUGCACCCUACGUUUUGCGACGGGCGCAGUCCUACGAUCUCACACAGCGCUCCACUCAGCUCGCUACAGAUGUCUACAAUGCUCGCAAUGGGUGCGAGCUCGCCAAACUAACACACAUGCCAAAUACUGCCACCAGACGGCGACUGCCGCUACUUGUCACCUCUGCGGCCGACUGUUUCAAGAUUCAAGUGGUCUACAUCAACAUUUGAAAAGGUUUCAUAUGACACGACCCGGGAACCGAACCUACUCUUGCAGCGUUUGUGGGAAGAAUUAUAACAACCAAGCCGCUGUUAGAACGCAUAUGAUAAAGCAUAUACACCGGAAAUUUUCAUGCGAUCAAUGUACUUCGAUAUUUAGUAGUCCAUAUACGCUAUCUCAACAUAAGAAGAAACAUGUUCAGACAGCAGAAAGUAAGGAGUUCUUCUGUGAGACCUGUGGACUUUCAUAUUCUACGAGAAAGAGUCUUCUGGCUCACCAGAGACACUCUUUGAAUCAUCAGAGUCGAUCAUUUGAAUGUCCAAUCUGCAAUAGGACGUGUCCUAAUGAGAAAUCUUUGGCUUCACACAUUUCGGCCGUACAUUCAACCAGCAAAGAAUUCAGUUGUUCAACUUGCAGUGCUCGAUAUACGAACAGGAAAUCGUUAGUUAGACACAUAAGGGCUCAUACUAACCCUACACCUAUAAAACUAGCAUACUGUCAUAUAUGCGGAAAUAGUUUUAAAGGUAAAAGUAAACUGAACAGGCAUCUCAGAGAAGUAUGUGAAAAGGAUAAACUAGAAGAAGAAUUAUCAUCUUACUAUGAUCAUCAACAUGUGAUAUAG